CGUAAUGAUGCACCAGAAGAAGAACUGGAAGUCCAUGUGCAAGGGCCUCGUCUUGGGGACUCUCCUAACCAUCUUCAUGCUGCUUCUCUACUCCUACGCCAUGCCACCCUUACAAGUCAGCAUGACAGAGGUCCCGAUCCCCUACUCGUGCUCUUCCUACCCUACUCAGGUCUGGCUCUCCGCCAAUAGCAGCCACAAUCCCCUGGGACACAAGUGCCUCCCAAAGCUGGACAUCAUGUUCAUGAAGACCCACAAGACAGCAAGCAGCACCAUCCUCAACAUCCUCUUCCGCGUCGGGGAGAAACACCGCCUCAAGUUUGCCUUUCCUAACGGACGCAAUGACUUUUACUAUCCGUCGUUCUUCGAACGCAGCCAGGUGCAGGAUUACCAGCCCGGCAUGUGCUUCAACGUCAUUUGUAACCACAUGCGCUUUCAGUAUGCAGAAGUGCGCAAGCUGCUGCCAGCCGACACCAUCUUUGUGACCGUGCUGCGGGACCCCGCCUACCUCUUUGAGUCCUCCUUCCACUACUUCGGGCACAUCGUUCCCUUGACUUGGAAGGUGUCGGGUGAGGAUAAGCUGGCUGAAUUCCUGCGUGACCCGUGGCAUUACUACGAUCCCGGUGGGUUCAAUGCUCACUACCUCCAGAACCUCCUCUUCUUUGACCUGGGCUACGACAAUAACCUCGACCCUCACAGCCCUCUGGUUGAGGAGUAUAUCCGUGAGAUUGAUGACCGCUUCCAUCUGGUCAUGCUGCUGGAGUACUUUGAUGAAUCUUUGGUGCUUCUAAAGGACUUGCUGUGCUGGGAGCUGGAAGACAUCCUCUACUUCAAACUCAAUGCCCGGAAAGACUCCACCAUCUCCAAACUGACCGAGGAACUGUACCAGAAGGCCACAGCCUGGAACCUCAUCGAUGCCAAACUCUACCGGUACUUCAACGCUACCUUCUGGCGCAGAGUGGACGCCUACGGGAGAGAGAGGAUGGCCCAGGACGUGGCCAGGCUUUCUGAAGAGAAUGAGAAGAUGAGGAGCAUCUGCAUUGACGGGGGCCGCCCUGUGGAUGCCAGUGCCAUCCAGGAGUCCGGCAUGCAGCCGUGGCAGCCGAUUGGCCAGAAGUCCAUCCUGGGCUACAACCUGAAGAAAAGGAUCAACAAGAAGUACCGGAAACUUUGCCGCAAGAUGCUGACGCCCGAGAUCCAGUACCUGACAGACCUGGGGGCCAACAUCUGGCUCACCAAGCUAUGGAGCUGGGUGCGGAAGUUCCUCAAGUGGUAGAAGGGCCACGCUCCUUGUUCCUGCCCAGCACGUCUCCCAUCUGAAAGAACCACCAGGCGCUUCUGUUUUGCUUCCCUCCUUCUUUACGUUAAUUGGUUGGACACAACUCAUCUUGUGCCACCAGCAAAUGUGGGUGCUGGCUUGAGAACAACAAGGAACCAGUGACCUUGACAGCUGAAAAAGAAGGAGAGGAAUGACCAGAGCUUCCGGCUGGCAUGGGAAGGACCUACUUGCCCCCCCUCCCCCAUUUUAGCCAGGGCUUUGGCAGGAGGGAAGUUGAGGUGCUGAAGCAUAAGCAGCGUCACCGGUGGUGCAGUGCAGAUCCCAAAGAGCUGAGCUAGCCCCGCUGCUUUAGCUAAGAGCCGAGCGAACAAGGACAGGCAGCAGCCCCAAGAAACAGUUGCCAUUUUCAGUAUUUUGCUUGUUAUUUAGGACUUCAUUAUUGCUUUUUCCCUUCUCAAAUUCUGUUUCACACUGUUGGGGACAGCAACCGUGGCAGGUGACCUGCCACCCUGUUUUCUUA